CAGAAUGUAACCUCUGCGAAGUUAACUGGAUGGCUAGGGUGAGUGUCUGACGUUCUUCGUUUUGGUUCCGCUUUUAUUUAUUUUAAAAUAAAAAUUAGCUGCGUACAAUAUUUUUUCCACUUGGGAAAGGAUGGAAGGUGCGCGUGUGUCUGCGGUGUUGGAAGGAAACAGGUUGGCAGAGGACGAUGCCUUGACAACGAAGACGGCGAGGACCGGGGUGAUUGACUCCGAAAUAAACAAAAUAAGUAGCGGUAAGUUUCCCAAGCCGAGCGGUGGACUGUCCGCCGCUGUUAAGAGAGUGGCAGUGGAUGUUGAUGAUGGCGGAGGCGAGGAGUCAAAACUAGAGUGCGAGGUACUGGCUGUCCCUCUUCGUGAAACGAUAAGUAAUGGAAAUCACCAAAGCCAGGUCGCUAAUGUUCCCGAAACCACCACCGCGAACGGCAACGCAACGACUGGUGUUGUUAAAAUGUCGACAAAUACUGGCAGUUUAUCCAGCAGCAGCAGCAUUAACUCGCUGCUGUUGAGAAGGCGGCGGCUGAAGAGGAAUUUCUCAGCCGCAGCCACAAGUUCUGCCCCCUCAUCGGCUGCCGCCCCCGGCGGGAAGAUGCACUCCGCCUCCUCGUCCUCGUCUCUGGGCACACGGAGCCUGGAUAGGAAGGUGUUGCUCAGGCAAAAGCAGAUCAUGCAGUUGCAGCUCUCAGACCGGGAGUGGGUGCGAGCGGAUCUACAGAGGGGAUGCAUACACGUGCACGACAAAGCCAUGCCUUCCUACCUUAGGCCGGUUCUGUGUACCCUGGAAACGACCGCCGGAGAGGUGGCUCUCCGGCUGAGCCAGCCCGUCGGUAAAGGCGGGUCGGUGGUGAGGGUGGUUUCCAAGGGGAGCCUCACGACUGAUUUAAACGGCAACUGCAACGAGAGAUACGGAUUUAGUGAUGGCCAUCAGAGGUUCGGACAGAAUGACACCGUAAAGUCUCAACGUUUGCAUUCUUUGAAGCGCUCAGGAUGCAGGGACGAACAGCCAGCCCCGACAGAUGACAGACUGAGGUUGCUGGUGCUCCCGAAUGACAACCAGAAGCAGCAGCAGCAACAGGAUGUACACGGGUUCACGCCGGACUCACUUUUGGACGGCAGACUUCUAAGUGCCAGGUCGCCGGGCAUACAGUUAGGUCAGAACGCCGAUUCUUUGGUCGACGAAGAGUCUGACUCAAGGCACAACGGGACGGACAGCUGUGGCCUGAACUCCGGCUCAGAUAUAGACAGCAGCACCUUCGAUGACCUGAGCUCCAGCACCCAGCUGAGCGGCCACCGGGAUUCGCUGAGCGACGGCAUGAUCCUGGGGACCGACGCGUCCAUUCUGAGUCCGAGAGGUGACAGUGCCACGGAGGGGCUAGACCCUUUUGGGAGCUCUUCCGACGAACUGGAGCUCGAUUGUACCUCGUCGAGCUUGGUCAUUGACUCCAUCGCCCAACAGCGACAGAAGCAUUCCCCAGACUGCACCUCCACGGCCAACAACAACAACGCAGUCAACAGCAGGCUUUGUGGUGGUGAACUUUCUAACGGUGUUACCGCCGAGACUGACAGUGGAGUGGGUGGUAGUCAGGAGCUACUCAACCCAGGCAAGUUGCAGUGUAACAGCAGUAGUAAUUCUCUGUCAAGGCCUUUGAAGGGAAGUGCGGCUGUCAAGCAUGACACCUUGCACGCCAGCACUUCCAAAACCGCUCCAGUGCCCGACCACGGUCACUUCACCCCAACGCUUUACGUUCAGAUGCACGGCGAAGCUGCGAGGAGGCUGGGACAUGACGAAAAACCCCUUAAAAUCCAAAAUGACUACCUCUAUAAACUAGGAUUUAAAGACCCGUGGAGGGUGCAAGACGAAGGCAUGGACACCGAAAUUGGCUGUCUGAUUCGUUUCUUCGCAGGGAAGCCCCCUGGGGCGGAGACCUCGGAGCGCGUCCAGCUGGCGGGGACCUACAACGUGCGCAAGGGGAAGAUGCAGCUGCCAGUCAACCGCUGGACCCGGCGGCAGGUCAUCCUGUGCGGGACGUGCCUCAUCGUCUCCUCCGUCAAGGACAGCCAGACGGGCAAGAUGCACAUCCUGCCCUUGAUUGGAGGAAAGGUGGAGGAGGUGAAGAAACACAGCCACUGCCUGGCCUUCAGCUCCUCGGGGCCCCAGAGCCAGACCUACUACAUCAGCUUUGACAACUUCACCGAGCACCUGCGGUGGCAGCGCCAGGCCGCCAAGAUGGUGUCCCAGCGUAUCAGCUCUGUGGAUCUGUCCUGCUGCAGCCUGGAGCAGCUGCCCCCCAACCUCUUCUACAGCCAGGACCUGACACACCUCAACCUCAAGCAGAACUUCCUGUCUCCCGGGCGCGGCUUGGCGGACUUGCAGAGAUUCUCCAAACUGAGAAGUCUCAACCUGUCCAAUAACCACCUGGGAGAGUUCCCCCUGGCCAUCUGCGACAUCCCCACACUGACCGAGGUCAACCUCUCCUGCAACUGCCUGACCUCCGUGCACAGUGCCGUGGGAGCCAUGCACAAUCUGCAGACCUUCCUCCUGGACGGGAACUGCCUGCGGUCUCUGCCGGCGGAGCUGGGGGAGCUGCAGCAGCUCAGCUACCUGGGUCUGUCCUUCAACGAGUUCAGCGAGGUGCCGGCCGUGCUGCACAGACUCACCGCCAUGGAGAGGCUCUGCAUGUCCGGCAACAACCUGAGCGCCCUCAGCCUGCCGCUGCUGUGCCAGCUGCACGUCAAGCAGGUGGACCUCAGGCUGAACCAGAUCCGCAGCGUGGUGCCGGAGGAGCCCGAGUUCCUGUGUCACGUGACCCACCUGGACCUACGGGACAACCAGCUGCAGGAGCUGGACGCCUCCCUCUUCCCCCGGCUGGAGGUGCUACACUGCGAGAGGAACCGGCUAACCUCCCUCACAGCCCGGGGCAGCCUGCUGAAGGGGCUCUACGCCUCCUCCAACGAGCUCUGUCAGCUGGAGGUGUAUCCUGUUCCGGGUAACCUGACCUACAUGGACGUCUCCAGGAACAGGCUGGAGAGCCUCCCGGAGUGGGUGUGUGAGAGCAAGAAGCUGGAGGUGCUGGACAUCAGCCACAACCUGAUCUGUGAGCUGCCCAUUCGGUUGUUCUGCAGUAACAGUCUGCGGAAGCUGCUGUUGGGGCAUAACCAGCUGCGACGGCUGCCGGAGAGGCUGGAGCGCACCCAGAUGGAGGUCCUAGACGUGCAGCACAACCAGCUGCUGGAGCUGCCCUCCAACCUCUUCCUCAAGGCUGACAGUUUACGGUGCCUCAACGCUUCUGCCAAUAAGCUGGAGAGCCUGCCCCCCUCCAGCCUAUCGGAGGAGGGCCACAGCAUCCUGCAGGAGCUCUACCUCACCAACAACCGGCUCACUGACAAGUGUGUUCCCCAGCUGACCGGCCACUGCCACCUGCGGGUCCUCCACCUGGCGUACAACCACCUGCAGACCUUCCCUGCCAGCAAAAUGGCCAAGCUGGAGGAGCUGGAGGAGGUGGACCUGAGUGGGAACCAGCUGAAGGCCAUCCCCACCACCAUUCUGAGCUGCAGGCGCAUGCACACGCUCAUCGCCCACUCCAACUGCAUCGAGGUCUUUCCCGAGGUCAUGCAGCUGAUGGAGAUGAAGUGUGUGGACCUGAGCUGUAAUGAGCUCAGUGAAAUCACUCUGCCGGAGAACCUGCCCCCCAAGCUGCAGGAGCUGGACCUGACGGGAAACCCCCGCCUCAUCUUGGACCACAAGACCCUGGAGCUGCUCAAUAAUAUCAGAUGUUUCCGGAUAGACCAGUCCCCCACGUCUUUCUCAGCGAGCGAGGGUCCCGGGGCCCCGGCAGUGUGGAGCCACGGCUACACAGAAGCUUCAGGGGUGAAGAACAAGCUGUGCGUGGCGGCUCUCUCUGCCAGUAACUUCUGUGAGAGCCGAGAGGCGCUGUACGGCGUGUUCGACGGCGACCGCAACGUGGAGGUGCCCUACCUGCUGCAGUGCACCAUGAGCGACGUGCUGGCCGAGGAGCUGCACAAGACCAAGAGCGAGGAGGACUACAUGACCAACACCUUCCUCGUCAUGCAGAGGAAGCUGGGCACUGCUGGGCAGAAGCUGGGCGGCUCUGCGGCCCUGUGCCACAUCAAACACGACCCCAUGGACCCGGCAGGCUGCUUCACCCUGACUGCUGCCAACGUGGGCAAGUGCCAAGCCAUCCUGUGCCGGGACGGCAAGCCCCUCCCCCUGUCAGUCAUCCACAACGUGGGUGUGGCUGAGGAGUACCAGAGGAUCCGCCAAAACAAAGCCAUCGUCACUGAGGACAACAAAGUGAACGGAGUGACGGACUCCACGAGGAUCAUGGGAUACUCAUUCCUGUACCCGUCGGUGAUCCCGCGGCCCCACGUCCAGACGGUCACCCUCACCCCGCAGGAUGAGUUCUUCAUCCUGGGCAGCCGGGGCCUGUGGGACGCCGUGUCGCCUGGCGAGGCGGUGGAGGCCGUCCGCAACGUGCCCGACGCGCUGGCGGCUGCCAAGAAGCUGUGCACGCUGGCGCAGGGCUACGGCUGCAACGACAGCCUGAGCGCGGUGGUGGUGCAGCUGAAUGUGACGGAGGACUGCUGCUGCUGCUGUGAGCUAGGCGCCCCCCCACCCCCGAGCCCCAGCCUCUUCCCCCCCUCCAUCAGCGUGGUGAUCCGGGACAGGCCCGCCGCGGCGGCCGCCGCCGCCCCCCCGGACGCCCUCCCCAUGCCAUCGUCCUGCAGCGAGAUCAGCAGCGAGGUCUCCACCUCGGAGAUGAGCAGCGAGGUGGGCUCCACGGCGUCGGACGACCCGCCGCAGAGCGGGCUGCUCCACGAGCACCACGCGGGGCCACCCUUCCCGCCGGAGCCGCGCUGCUGCGCCCUGCACCCCAUCUGCCUGGCCGGCUCCUUCCAGCGCCAGCUCUCUAGCGCCCUCUCCGACAACGGGCUGGACAGCGAGGACGAGGAGCCCAUCGCCGGCGUCUUCUCCAACGGCAGCCGCGUGGAGGUGGAGGUGGACAUCCACUGCCUUCGGGCCCGCGAGCGCGCCAUGGCCUGCCAGCCGCCCCCGCCACCACCCACCCCCGAGGCCCUGGACGAGGCCGCCGAGCUCAGCGCAGGAGAGGCCGAGGCGGGCUGGUCCGGAGGAGGGCCGCCACAGGGCAGAGGAGGAGGAGGCAGCGGGGGAGGGGGAGGGGACUGCUCUGGCCGGACGCUGGGCAAAAGGAGGGGGAACGGCUCGGUGGCCCCCCAGGAGAAGAGCCACAACCUGAUUGAGGUGGCCACAGACGCCCCCACCAAAAAGCAAGGGGGCUACUUUGCUGCCCCAGCCCAGCCAGACCCAGACGAUCAGUUCAUCAUCCCGCCAGAGCUGGAGGAGGAGGUGAAGGAGCUGAUGAAACAGCACCAGCAGCAGCAACAAAGAGCGCCCCCUAGUGAGCAGCCUGCAGACUACUAUGACACGCCCCUCUGAAUUCUAUAAGACUGCUAUAUGUUACAAACCCCCAAGACUUUUUAAAAAAAUAUAUAGAUAUAUAUAUAUAUAGCUAACCUUCUC